CAAACUCGCCAAUAUUGCCAACAAGGAAAAUUCAAUAAUUUACUUAGAACUUCAUUGAAAUAAUCGGGAAAAUGAAGGAGCCGGAGAUUAAGUUAUUUGGUAGGAAGAUUGUGCUGCCGGAGAAUGGGAAAGUGGUCUCCGGUAAGUCCUCCGACGACAGUAGUUGUGGGAUGGAGUCGGAUCGGUGUUUGAAUGGUGAAAAAGUUACCAGAAUACAUCAAGAGGAAGAAGAUACUGGAAAAUCAGAUGAAGAAAAUCAGCAAAAUAAGGAGCACCAAAUAGGUGGAGAAUUCUGUAAAAGCAACGCACAAGAAGACGACCAACAACAAGCUGUGUCUAAGGAUUCACAGAAUCCUAAUACUCUGACAGAGUCAGCUGACAAUCCUAAAACUCCCUCCGUUGAUGAAGAUGAUGUAUCGGAAAAUCCUCCCAGAAAUGAAAAUGAUCAAAAUUAUUCGACAAAUUCACAACAAAAGACAUUGAAGAAGCCAGACAAACUUCUUCCCUGCCCCCGUUGCAACAGCAUGGAUACAAAGUUUUGUUACUACAACAAUUACAAUGUUAAUCAACCUCGGCAUUUUUGCAAGAGCUGUCAGAGAUAUUGGACGGAUGGAGGUACAAUGAGGAAUGUUCCGGUGGGAGCUGGUCGUCGUAAGAACAAGAAUUCUGUCUCUCAUUGUCGUCACAUUACAAUCUCUGAAGCACUCGAGGCAGCAAGAAUUGACAUUCCUAAUGGUUUUCAUCAUCCGGCAUUUAAACCAAACGGCACUUUGCUGUCUUUCGGUCCUGAUUCAUCUCUUUGUGAAUCUAUGGCUUCUGUUUUGAAUAUUGUACAAAAAAAUGUACCAAAUGGUAUUCAAAACGGGUGCUCUAAGAUGGAUCAGGGCGUCCAGGUCCAGGUUUCAUGCAAAGGUGGGGAAAAUGGUGAUGAUUGUUGUAGUCGCUCUUCCUUGACUGCAGCAAAUUCAAUGGGAGAUGGAGUAAAAAAAAGGCUCCAAGAGCCGACGAUGAAAAAUAUAAAUGGCUUUCCUACUCCAGUUCCUUGUAUUCCUGGGGUUCCUUGGCAUUUACCCUGGAAUUUUGCCGUUCCCGUGCCAGCCAUUUGUCCUCCGGGAUUUCCCAUGCCAUUCUACCCGACACCCUACUGGAAUUGUGGUGUCCCUAGUGCUUGGAAUGUUCCAGGGUUAUCAGUUCCAUCUCCUACAUCAAAUGAAAAGAAAUCAGGUUCUGGUCCUCCCGACUCACCUUUGGGGAAGCAUUCAAGGGAUGGUGAAUUGAUUAAGCCAAAUAAUCCAGAAGGCAGAGAAUGUGCGUCAGAGAAGAAUUCAGGAAGCUCGAUACUAAUUCCGAAAACUUUGAGGAUUGAUGAUCCUGAUGAAGCUGCAAAGAGUUCCAUAUGGGCAACACUCGGGAUCAAGUACAAUUCCAUUAGCAGGGAAGAACUUUUUAAGGCCUUGCAACGGAAAGGUGAUGAGAAAAAAUCCCUUGUGGCCCCCUCCUCUGUGUUGCAGGCUAACCCUGCGGCGUUAUCUCGAUCCAUUAGCUUCCAGGAGACUGCUUGAAGGGUUGUUUUUUUGUAUCAUCAACAAGUUAAAAAGCUGUUGAUAUUCAUCUCCUGGGAAAAUCUUUAACCUCGACUUAAACUGUCUUCUCUGACGAUUUACAGAAUUCGAAGCCUCAAGUAGACUAAUGCGGAUGUUCGGUAAAGGCUGCAGAUUCACGCCUCCGCAAUAUGAGGCCUAUUUUGGAGAAGCCAUAGCAAAAACUAUAGUUUGUACCUUUUCUUGUAACAUUAAGCAGAUGUCUUUGUUUUGCCUUUGACGAUCGUAUUUUCGUGUACAUAUCUUUGUAGAAUAAUACUGAAAGGACGGUGAAAGAUAUUUAACAAAAUGCAGAUGCCGUGAUGUAAUUUAACUCUUUUUGAGGGGGUAUUAUUAUAAAUGACCUGCUACUAUUCAUUUU